AGUCGGUUCGCGAGCUGUCAGCGCGGGCGCGAGCGCGCGGGGCGCGGGGUGGGCGCGGCCGAGCGGGUCCCCGAGCCGGUCCCCAGCCCGGCCCGCGACCCCAGGCCUGCCGCGCCGCCCGCUCCGGACUCGGAGGCCCUUGUCGCCCGCUGCGCCCCGCACUCGCCCGCUCGCCUUCCUUCUCCCCUCGCUCUCCGGCCGGUCGGGCGGGCCCCCGAGACCCCGUCGGGUCCAGGCUGGUGGCAGGCGGGCGGUCAGGCCCGGGUGGCGGCCUCCUCGCCAUGUCCUCGGCCCGCGACACCAGCAGCCGCUUCCCGCUGCACCUCCUGGUCUGGAACAACGACUACGAGCAGCUGGAGAAGGAGCUGCGGGACCAGAAUGCAGAGGCCUUGGACCCCCGGGGUCGGACAUUACUGCACCUUGCAGUUUCUCUGGGGCAUCUGGAAUCUGCUCGAGUCUUGCUGCGCCAUAAAGCAGAUGUGACCAAAGAGAACGGCCAGGGAUGGACAGUCUUACACGAAGCUGUGAGCACGGGCGAUCCCGAGAUGGUGUACACCGUCCUGCAGCACCGAGACUACCACAACACGUCCAUGGCCCUGGAAGGUGUACCCGAGCUGCUACACAAAAUCCUCGAGGCCCCGGAUUUCUAUGUGCAGAUGAAGUGGGAGUUCACCAGCUGGGUGCCCUUGGUGUCUAGAAUAUGCCCCAACGAUGUCUGUCGCAUAUGGAAGAGUGGAGCCAAGCUGCGCGUGGACAUCACCUUGCUGGGGUUUGAAAACAUGAGCUGGAUCAGAGGGAGGCGGAGCUUCAUAUUUAAGGGAGGAGACAACUGGGCGGAGCUGAUGGAGGUCAACCACGAUGACCGCGUGGUCACCACCGAACACUUCGAUCUUUCCCAAGAAAUGGAGCGCCUCACCCUGGACCUGAUGAAGCCAAAAAGCAGGGAGGUGGAGAGGCGGCUGACAAGCCCAGUCAUCAACACCAGCCUGGAUACUAAGAACGUUGCCUUUGAGAGAACUAAAUCCGGAUUCUGGGGCUGGAGGACAGAUAAAGCUGAAGUUGUCAAUGGUUACGAAGCCAAGGUUUACUCGGUAAACAACGUGAGCGUGAUAACCAGGAUCCGCACCGAGCACCUAACGGAGGAGGAGAAGAAGCGAUACAAAGAGGACCGGAAUCCACUGGAGUCUCUGCUCGGAACCGUGGAACAUCAGUUUGGUGCUCAAGGGCAGGACCUCGCUACGGAGUGUGCCACUGUGAACAACCCCACGGCCAUCACUCCCGACGAGUACUUUGACGAAGACUUUGACCUGAAAGACAGGGACAUUGGAAGACCAAAAGAGCUGACAAUUAGAACGCAGAAGUUUAAGGCUACGCUGUGGAUGUGCGAGGAGUUCCCACUCUCCCUCGUGGAGCAGGUCAUCCCCAUCAUUGACCUCAUGGCUCGCACCAGCGCUCACUUUGCCAGAUUGAGAGAUUUCAUCAAAUUGGACUUCCCUCCUGGAUUCCCUGUCAAAAUAGAAAUCCCCUUAUUCCACGUCUUAAACGCACGGAUCACAUUCGGAAAUGUCAAUGGCUGUAGCACUGCUGAUGAGAGCCAGGGUGUGGAGGGGACCCCGGCCGAGGCAGUUUCCGAGGCCACAAACUUCGAGGUUGAUCAGUCUGUCUUUGAAAUCCCUGAAUCCUACCACAUUCAAGACAAUGGCAGAAACGUGCACCUGCAAGACGAAGACUAUGAGAUCAUGCAGUUUGCCAUCCAGCAGAGCCUGCUGGAGUCCAGUAGGAGCCAGGACCUUUCAGGACCAGCUUCCAACGGAGGGGUCAGCCACACACACAGCUAUGAAGCCCAGUAUGAGAGGGCCAUCCAGGAGAGUCUCCUAACCAACAUGGAGGGCAGGUGCCCAGGUGGCCUCAGCGAGUCGAGCCGAUUCGAUAGCGACCUGCAGCUGGCCAUGGAGCUGUCUGCCAAAGAGCUGGCGGAGCGGGAGCUCAGGCUCCAGGAGGAAGAAGCGGAGCUCCAGCAAGUCUUACAGCUGUCUCUCACUGAGAAAUAGACAUUGCCGUCCAGGGCUGCAGAGCAGAGGCUCUGGGCUGCACGUGCCAUGCCAGUGAGGCAGACCCGGGGGGCCGAGGGCCUGCACUUACACAGCAGCCCCCCUUUCCUUAUGUAGAGGUGCAGGACCAGGGACUCCCCAGAGCGGAGAUCCGGGCGUCGGCAGAGCCCCAUCUCCACACCGAGGGGAGGAGAGCAUCUUUACCUUCCAUUCGCUGUCCUGCCUGGCAGGUCACAUUUUUUUUUUACCAGCUUUAGACAGAAAUGCUGAGCCUGCAGGCUAGUAGAUGCAUCUUAGUCAGAAGUGACAAGCUACUGCGGAGUCACGGUGCUUUUCCACAGGAGAACAGCAGCCUUUGUAGAGUGGGUACGAGCUGGAGACGUUCCUUCCUGUUCACCAAAGAAACGGGUUAUGCUGACCUCUUUAUUUCCCUUCCCGUAGGGCUCUUGCAGCAUUGCCAUUGUGCCAGUCCCAUUUCCACCUCGUUCCAUGCCUUUUACCCCCAGCCAAGAGGAUAUGUACAGGAGCUAUUUUAGAUUAUGGCUAUUUGCAUCAAAUUCAGAUAUACAAAUGACCACGGAUGUUGCCUUAGCCUUAAAAAAUUACUAACAGUUUUAAGCCACCUCACUCCACACACUGAGGACCUGAUUUGAAUCUGUAAAGGCAGUCCCUUUGGGAGCAGCAUCCUCUGGGCUACACCAAAGGCAGCUAAUCCUGUCCUUGGAAGAGCAGCUAGGGGGCCCCCCUGUGGCUGGGUUCUCAGAGCAGGCAAGCUGGCCACAUCACUGGAAGAGCCCAGCCAGUGUGUUCUCCGCCUGCUCCCACUUAGGAUUUCCAGCCUGGGGAGACCCAGCUGCACAGCCUGGCUUCAUAGAGAGGACAGGACGAACUUGAAACAAGAAAGGGAGCUAACUUAGAGCAGAGGCUCUUCAUCCAAAAGGGAAAAAUGAUGACUCCACACUGCUUUUUAGAGUUCAAAUCAACAUCUUUCUGGAAAAAUAUAUUUUUUAACAGAAUCUUUUUAUUAUUUUUAAAAGAUAUAAAACUGACUCCUCCCAUCAGUAGCAAUACAAGGUUAUGCAUUUUAACCAGACUUUCUCAGGCCUCUUUUGGAUACCUUUAGUAGUUAACUAUUUUUGUCUAACCCUCCUGUAAAUACCUACUGCAUAACAGCCCAACCCCUGGGGAACACAGCCGAGGGCACCUUGCCCCUCUCACCUGGCGCAGGCAUCCACCCCCACAAGGCUGUGCUGAUCACACGGCAAAACAGUACCUUUUCCUCUGUUCUCUGUCUGUUUCCUGUUAUGCUUCUUUGGGGAUAGGAAGAGAAGCCACCAUUCCCAGGAAUGUCUGUUUGAUACAGUCAGCGUUGCCAGUAAAAUGUUCUGAGACACAAA